AUGCAAUUCAUAGAAAGUAUUGGAUUCAAUGAUCCUUCUGCAGAUCGGAAUCCACUCCAAGAUGUCCCUGCUGGAUUCUUCAGCGAUAUGGGGAACUUAAAGUACUUUUAUUGUUACGUCUGUGACUUCGGACCAACACUAUCGACCAAGUCUUUGGACUUCCGCAGUGCAACCAUAAGUUUGCAGCCCAACACGUAUUUAUAUUUUGGUGAUAAUGAAAUUCGGGAAUUGACGGAGGCAUCCUUCCGCCCCAUGCUGGAGGUGCUGUCACUGGACACUGGGUACAUCAAUCUGUACGGACUUCAGCAUGUAGUCCUCCAACUUAUGGGGCAUCGGGGACACAUCAUGGAUGAUUUUGAGAAGCUUUGCGUCCUGAGCUUUGAUGAAGUGAAAUUUGUUUAUGAAUUCAGUUAA